AAAAAAUCAGAAUUUUCAUGAGGGAGGUUGUUAGUCAUUUUUAUUUCUUUUAAUAUUAAGGCAAUUUUUUCAAACGUGGUCAGUUUCUCACCCUCUCGUCAACCCCGUCUACGUUUGUAAAUAAAUUCUAAAACGCACCAAAGUUCAGAAAAGUGAUAAUUUCGUAAAAAAUAUUUUUCAAGUUUUAUUUCAUUUAAGUCGUGUUUUGGAAGGAGGCCAUCUUUGAUCUUUGCAGUCGACGGAGAGGUCCUUGGUUGGCCGUUUCAUUGUCUGGUGAAAAACCAGUAUUUAUCACACAUAUUACUACAAAUCAAAUGGCUUUAAAACGAAUUAAUAAGGAAUUACAAGAUCUGGGAAGAGAUCCUCCAGCACAAUGUUCAGCAGGACCUGUUGGAGAUGAUCUAUUCCACUGGCAAGCCACAAUUAUGGGACCACCCGACAGUCCAUACCAAGGUGGUGUGUUUUUCCUAACAAUUCACUUUCCCACAGACUAUCCAUUCAAACCUCCCAAAGUUGCAUUCACCACACGAAUCUACCAUCCAAAUAUAAAUAGUAAUGGUAGUAUUUGCCUUGAUAUUUUAAGGUCUCAGUGGUCUCCAGCACUAACGAUUUCCAAAGUACUUUUGUCAAUCUGCUCACUGCUGUGCGAUCCAAACCCGGACGACCCACUAGUCCCAGAAAUCGCUAGGAUAUAUAAAACAGACCGCGAAAAGUACAAUGAAUUAGCGCGCGAGUGGACUCGCAAGUACGCCAUGUGAUCGCCCGGCUCCCUUUUCAGCACUUCACCUAUUUAGAUGAUACAACAACAAACCAACAAAAUAUUUAAUUCAAACAACACAUCUAUCAACAACAACAACAAUAAGGGGACCCAGCCUCUCAAGCCCCGGUCAAACUUGUAUAUUAUUUUUGCUCGCAAAAAAAAAAAUGUUCGUAACCCACCGUAACACAGUUUAUUGUUUUGUGGGCCGCGUUCGACCCGGAUUCAGAGCCCAUUGACUGGGCUUUUAAGUAAAAUAUAAAUUAUCGUUAGUUAAAUUAAUACUUGUAGGUUUUUGUGGUUCAGCUAGUGGUAGAAACACAAACUAUUAUUUUUUAAAGGACUCGUCACGUUAGUCACUUAAGAAGUGUUUAUUUUUUUACGCAGUUUUUUUUUUGUUUUGGGUGCUUACAAAGCUUUUCUUGUUGUUAAUGAUGUGAUAUGACACGGUUUCUUGCUCUAUCCGGGAAGCUUUUGUAAGCUCAGAUAUUACUGUGAAAUACGGGUUAGGCAUUCUGUUACAACAUUCAUGAAACUAUUUUUGCAAAUAAAUACGAAGGUUACAGCUGGUCCUAAAAUGGCUUCGGUUUUAGGUGUCGUUUCAUUUUUAAUGCAGAACAAGAAAACACUUGAUAGUUAGGUUUGUCAUUGCGGAAUAGGUGGAGCCCUGGGCAUUGCUGUAGUUUUUAAUUUAUAUAUGAUUAGUUAAUAAAGUUUUUGUAUGUUUUUGCCAAUAAAAUGUUCAGUUAAAUAAUUUAAUAAAUUAAAUGUUCAAUCAUGCACAGUUUUCCUUGUUAAUUGCGUCAACAAGUUGAGGCAGUGAUGCCCGAGAUAUAUCAAAAAUAGUUUCACAAUGUACGAUAUGAAGUUUAAUCUUGCCAUGCCAUAUUUCAGGUUCUUGAAAUGGUAGCAACCGAAUCAUUCUAUAACUACAAUAAAUUAGUGGAACCAGUUGCUUGUGUAUAAAAAACGUCAUCAGUUGCUGCCAUUUUUUGGUUAUUGUUUGAAAUUAAAUCAAAUUUAUUAUUUUUUUUACUUCUUUCGAAUAAAAUAGCUGAAUAUACUAAAAAAAUCUGUAAUCGUUUUAUACUUAACGUAAAUACAUACAUGCAUAUAAAUAAAUAUCUUCCUAGUUGUAGUAAAUGUAAACAUGUUUUGUCGUUCCUUACAAAUCAGAUUAUCUCAGUUUAUCCCGGUUGACAAUGUCAGGUUUUUUUUCCCGUCGACCGCAACCAGAAUAAAGCGAAAAAAUCAUCACCCCUUUGAUUUUGGCACAACCAAGAAACUUUCCGGGACUGCAUUGCGCUGGGGGGUUGCCUGAUCAUCCCCUAAAUGUUUUCUUUGGCCUUAAUAAAGUUGCAGUAAAAAAGACCUGUAAAAUAAUAUUUAAAGUGACUUUUAGUAUAUUUAUAUUUUCCCUCUUCAAUAUGAUUAAAUUAUGUUUAAAACCA